CCUGGGAGCGAGCGGCAGUUCAGCGAAGGCUGGAGCGGUAUGAGGAACUGUGUUAGACACGCAGAGCCGCCGCUAACGCUCCGUGAGCCGAACGUACCACACAUAACGAGGGUCGGCGGCGGUUGAAACAAGGUGGAAAUGGUGAAAAUGAGCGUGGUUUUGUGAAAGAAGAUGUCACAGAGUAGCUCGGCGAGCUGGCAUGUCACGGACGGAGCCGCUCCACCGGCGCGCGGCGGUUGGUGCGGCCGCUGUGACGUCAGAGGCGCCGGUGCUGCGAACAGUUCUCAGAAUAGACUUCUAGGAAACAGUAAAUUUUAAAAGCCCAGCCUUUACACUCUGUCCUUCACACAUUUAGAUCCCGAUCUGGCGACACAACACACUCCAAAGAGCUGCUCCACACGCUGAAGCUUUUCUCUGCGUAUAUUUGUUUUUAUGAGCAUUAUUAAUUCCUGUUUUUCCAGUGUUUGGUCGUGUUUACUGUAACUGCGCUCGGAACACAGGAGCUGCUCUCUGGAUACGCGGAAAUUCGCGUUUCUUCGCGUUUUUUUCUAUUUAUUGCUAUUGGGGAAAAAGGCAUUUUCACCCUGAACCGAAAGCUGGAUUUUCUUUAGUUUUUACCUCGCGCUCUUCUAUAUGUUAGUUUGUUCUGUGAAGUCACAGCAACCGGAUUUUUCUUUAGCCAAGAGGAUUCAUCAAAUAGUAUGAUUCUUUGUGUACCGAGUCCUAGGUCUCUUCUGCCCAGUGCUCUGUCCGCUGAAGCCCCACAGGGUAUGCGGGCUGGAACUAUGCCUCCCAACUCCUGCCUUCAAAGUGCCCCUCCAGUCUGGGACCCUGCAAAGGACCUGCGUGCCAUCGCCAGCAACUUCUGCUAUCUAGAAAAUUCAGGAUGGUACUGGGGAGCCGUAACUGCGGCACAAGCACACGCUGCACUUCAAGAGGCGUCUGAAGGAGCCUUUUUGGUGCGGGACAGCAGCCAUCCCAUGUACAUGCUGACCCUCUCGGUCCGGACCGCGCGGGGCCCCACCAGUAUCCGCAUCCAGUACAGCGGCGCACAGUUCUUGCUCGACUCCAGCUCCCCGGCCCGGCCCAGCCUGUCGUCCUUCCCCAGCGUGCCCAGCCUGGUGCAGCACUACAUGGGGCAGGAGAAGAAAGCAGAGGAGGGGAAGGUGGAGAUGGAGGCCCCGUCAAAACCCUCCCAGCAGACAAUCCAGGAGUCGUCCGUGGUACUCAAACUGAAGCGGGCCAUGUACAAGCCCAGGGGCCUCCCCUCUUUACAGCACCUCACACGCCUCGUCAUUAACAGACACUCUGAAUGUCCUGACCAGCUACCACUCCCGAGGCCUCUGACACGUUACAUCCAGGACUAUCCCUUCAAGGUAUAAGCGUCUCCUCCAGGUCAUCGUUGUCUUGGCCAUGUUGCAGCUGACUCUAAAGACAAACUACACUACAAGAAUGGGGAAUUCCAACUGGACACAAGGGUCAUAUUUUUUUCACCGAAGAAAUAUGUACAAUUUCAGUUAAAAAUUGUCACGACUGGUUUGGGACUGUCGAAGACUGAGUGGCGAAGUGUUCCAGAAAGAGGCGACCUGUGCGAAAACCCAGUACUGUAAUGUACUCUUAUUUUAUGGUGGAUGUGGAUAUCGUCCAUAUCUAUUGAACUCUGAUCAGUUUUGAAUGUACAUAUUAUUUCCAGGAUUCCAUUGAAGACAUAAUUUUAAACCGUUUUAUUUUCUCAGUAAAACAUUUUUUCUACCUUUUA